UAUCCAGACAGCGUGUGCAGCUGGACUGAUCAAUGGCAUGGAUUGGGAUGAUACUGCCCCACUAUCUGUCCCAGUAAUGUACUGACAUUAAACUUCUGUACAUUCAUCUAAGAAAGUCAACUUUUAUAUUCUGUUAAUCUGGCAUGAAAGUUGACGGGGCCCAGGAUGGAGGUGGCAGCGGCGGGGACACCAUCAGCCACUCUUUGACCCUGGUGCAGCGUCUGGAGGCCCUGCUGGUUCAGGGGAACGGCAGUGACGUGUCGCUCAGGGUGGAGACUCCCAACGCAGACGAAGUGAAGGUGAUCCAGGCUCACUCGCUGGUGCUCUCCCUGCAGAGCCCCGUGUUUGAAGAGAUGCUGCUGAACCGCAACAGCAGCAUGCUGGUCCUGAAAGAGAGCUCCGACAGUGCAGCUGUGUUUGACAAGUUCAUCAGGUAUCUGUACUGUGGGGAGAUUUCUCUGCGUCUGGACCAGGCCACACCUUUACACAAGCUGGCCACAAAGUACAAUGUGAUGGGUCUCCAGCAGGGCAUCACCGAGUACAUGACCCAUAAUCUGGCCCGAGACUACUCCUCAGGCCACGUGGCGGGCUGGUACGAGUACGCCCUGCAGACCGGGGACGUGACUCUGAGGGACAGCUGUCUUCAGUAUAUGGCCUGGAACCUGUCGUCGCUCCUGCAGAGCGGUGAGUGGGUGACCAUCAGCAGCCAGCUGCUCAUGUCCCUGCUGCAGCGCUCAGACCUCAUCCUGCAAAGUGAGAUGGAGCUCUUUGCAGCGCUGGAGGCCUGGAUUAUUCAUAAUGAGCCAGACGGCCUGACAGCAGAGAACGCCUUGAGAGCUGUGCGUUACGCCAUGAUGCCACCACGGGAGCUCUUCCGUCUGCAGACCCAGUCCUCAGUCCUGGCUCGCUAUCAGGAGUCUGUGCGCGACUUACUGUACAUGUCCUACCAGUUUCACUCUGCAUCGCCACUGCACAUGGCCAAAUACUUCGACGUGAACUGCAGCCUCUUCAUGCCCAGGAACUACCUGUCGUCAGUGUGGGGGUCACCCUGGAUCAUCAACAACCCCACGCGAGACGACCGCAGCACCAGCUUCCAGACCCAGCUGGGGCCCAGCGGCCACGACGCCAGCAAGCGGGUGACUUGGAACGCCCUGUUCUCACCACGCUGGUUACCCCUCAGCAUGAGGCCGAUGUACACGGAGACGGGCGCCAUGCAGCCAACACGUGUGGAGGGAGGGCGCCCUCGCAUCAUCAUCACGCCGGCCACAUCCAGUGCAGAUUUCGCCGGAGUGAACUUCCAGAAGACAGUGCUUGUGAUGGCUCAGCAGCAGGGGAAGAUGGUGGUGAAACACGUCUACAACUUCCACCAGAGCACGGAGGAAAACGGUGAUUUCUUGGCCGAAGCCGACCUAUACCGGCGGACAUCUGAAUACCUCAUCGAUAGCUCCCUCUUCCUCCACAUUGUGGUGAAGCCGCUGUACCAAACCCUCAUAACCACCAAGAACUGACCCUCCACCCUCCUCUCUGAGCCACCUUACCUCACCACACACAAUCCAAACCUCUGAAGCGACAUCUCGCUCAUAUCACUUCACGAGGUCAUGGAUCUGAAUCCUCCGUGUGCGUGAUGUUUGGAUCAUUUGUCUUGUCUCACACACCUGCUGUUUUCAUUGGGCAACUAAAACACCAAAGCCUGACUGAUGACGGUCUGAGAGCAUUUUGUGAAUCAUGUUGAGUGUAAAAUGAAACAAGUCUGGUGCUAUUCCAUAUUUUUUAGUCAUCAAAUCCAAUGAAAAGACCAACAGGUACACGCUAACAAGUACUGUUGUGCAUCAAAGUCUGAUACCUCUUCUUCCUCUUAGCCACAGAGCUCCAUUAUUGUCCAAAACUAUUAAAAAACACACAUCAGUGAGCGUCACUGUUGCGCUCGAGGCGAUGUGUUCAUUCAUUAUCAUGAUCACAAACACUGUGGUUUAUAAACACUGUCCUGCUGCCACAUAUACUCAUUAGAGAACCAAACGUGUCUUGAUCCGCUGCUGAAAAUAGUCCCCAACAAAUGCACGAUUUUCUCGUGUUUGAGUAAUGUUUGAUAAAAACUACAGUGACCAGCUGUUCUAGCAAAUGAAUAAAGAUUUUGUAAAGAUGA